UGAUUUUGAACUGAAUUUUUUUGAAGAAAAGACUGAAAAGAGUAGCGGAUUCGUACUGGGUUGACUAUUUUGUAUCAUCCUAAUGGCAGCUUAAGGGAUUUGAAAAAUCGGAAUUCUCUGAAGUCGGAGAAAUUAUGUAAUUUGAUUGAAUACACUUGCAAUUUAUCGACUGAAGAAAAACAGAGUAAAGCCUUUCUCCCUUAAUACGUUUUUGAUAUGUUGUUUAUAAUAACAAAACGCUGAAGUAACCAGUGCGUGGUUUUGGUUGCCAAAUACACUCAGCUUAUAUUUUGGUUAAAAGAUGAGUGGAAGGCCUCGGACAACCUCUUUUGCUGAUAAUGGGAAAUCUCAAGGUUCCUCUUAUGGCGGAGUUAAAGUCAGUCGGGACAAAGAUGGAGGGAAAGUUACUACUGUCAUUGCAACAUCAGGUUCUUUGCCCGACCGAACUCAAGAAAUAAGUUAUGCUGACACUAAAGUUAUAGGAAAUGGGUCAUUUGGUGUUGUUUAUCAGGCAAGAUUGUGUGAUGGAGAUAUUCCUGUUGCUAUUAAAAAAGUUUUACAGGAUAAAAGAUUCAAGAACAGAGAACUUCAAAUUAUGAGAAAAUUAGAUCAUUGCAAUAUUGUCAAAUUAAAGUAUUUCUUUUAUUCAAGUGGAGAAAAGAGAGAAGAAAUAUACUUGAACUUGGUGUUAGAAUAUGUGCCAGAAACUGUUUAUCGAGUUGCAAGACAUUAUAACAAAAACAAACAAACAAUCCCCUUAGUUCAUGUCAAGUUAUAUAUGUACCAGCUGUUUCGCUCAUUAUCAUACAUCCAUUCACAAGGAAUUUGUCAUAGAGAUAUCAAACCACAAAAUCUAUUACUUGAUCCUGACACAGCUGUAUUAAAACUAUGUGAUUUUGGAAGUGCCAAAGUCCUUGUCAAAGGUGAACCAAAUGUUGCUUAUAUUUGUUCACGUUAUUACCGUGCGCCUGAAUUGAUAUUUGGUGCAACUGAUUACACAUCAAAUAUAGAUGUUUGGUCGGCUGGAUGUGUUCUAGCUGAACUUCUUCUUGGACAGCCUAUAUUUCCUGGUGACAGUGGCGUAGAUCAACUUGUAGAAAUUAUUAAAGUACUUGGAACUCCCUCCAGAGAACAAAUCAAAGAAAUGAAUCCUCAUUAUACAGAAUUUAAAUUUCCCCAAAUAAAGCCUCAUCCUUGGAGCAAGGUAUUUCGACCUCGCGUUCCUCCCGAAGCAACUUUACUGUGUAGUAAACUACUUGAGUAUACUCCAUCAAAAAGACUUUCUCCAGUUGAAGCAUGUGCUCAUAAUUUCUUUGCUGAAUUGAGAGAUGCUAAUACUAGUUUACCAAAUGGAAAAGAGCUACCGCCUUUGUUUAACUUCAGUUCUUCAGAACUUGCAAUAAAGCCUUCACUGAAUGCAACCUUAAUUCCAUCUCAUGUGAAGAAUAUGUCGUCAGGUACAGUAGCAGGAACUGCGACAAACACAUCAACAGAUUCAUCGGCACCAAGCACUAGUAGCACUGCAUUAAUGGAUGGUACGACUUCAUCCUCUGUUGCUACUGCUGCAUCAUAAACUGUAAAAGUGUACAAUGCAUUUGUCUUUUCCAUGUAUUUUAACUGUGAGAAUGUGUGUUUUUGUGCGUCGUGCGUACCUAUUUUAUUUUGCCAUUGUUUGCCUGGGAGAGCUUGCUUUGGACGUGAGAAAGAGCAGUUCUUUAUCAAAAGGAGAGUUUGAACUGAACAUAAGAACACUAUUUUAAUUUUAACCAAUAAUCUAAUUUUAAACUAGUUUAAAAAAGGGAAAUCAUCAGCAUCGUUUUAAACUAAAAUUUCUUACGUUGUACUGUACGAAAAUAUAUUAAUCUAGUGUAAAUUAUUUAAACUUAAGUGACAGUCAGAGAAUAUCGUGGGAUAUUAUUAGCAUUUCUUUUACUUUAAUAUUACUUGGUGCUGUUGCUGACUGCCAGUGAUAUAGCUAUUGUAAAAUGUGGCAAAAUAUAUAUUUCUUGUACAGUAA